UUGGGCACGGGCUGUUGCAUUUGGGGCGGGGGCGGCGAAGAUCCCGGCCCCCCGCAGAGAAAAGUGUCGUGACUCGUGCAGGGCUGAUUGACAUGGAGGAUUCGGCGGCGGCGGUGCUGAAGCGGGCGGUGGAACUGGAUUCGGCUUCGCGUUUUCAGGAGUCGCUGAUUUGCUACCAGGAAGGGAUCGAUCUCCUCCUCAAUGUGCUGAAAGCUACAAAAGAUGAGAAGAAAAAGGCUUACUACAGAAACAAAAUAUCAAGUUACAUGAACAGAGCUGAAGGAAUUAAAAAAUGUGUUGUGAAGGAAAAAGAAGAUGGGAAAUGCCACAAACAAAUAAAAAUUGAAGAGAAUAGCAAAGGAUUCAGCUAUGAAAAACUGUUCCAAGAGUAUCUAAAUGAAACUGUUACAGAGGUUUGGGUUGAGGAUCCUUACAUUCGCCAAACUCAUCAGUUGUACAACUUCUUAAGAUUCUGUGAAAUGCUCGUUAAAGGACCAUGCAGAAUGAAAACUAUACACCUUCUUACAUCUCAUGAAGAAGAGAUGUCAGGAAUCAGAGGGAAAUCUUCCUCUGACGUUUCCACCAGCCUCUGAGGCCUACAGUUUCUACAUUGUUAUAUAUGGCUUCUGUGUCAUGGAAUCAGGGUUUUCUUACAAUUCAUCUAUCAUUUACCCAGAAAAAUAAUUGCUACAGGUUUCUCUUCAUUAGAUAAUUUGUAAGUUUUGGUUGAAAACAUAAUGUUAAGAUGGCCUACAUUAAUGUAAUUAAAAAUCGUGACCCGUCAAAACCGCGGUCCACUAAAGU